UGGCAACAAAGCCAUAGAAGCGUCAGCAUAUAGAAAAUCCGUCACAAAUCAAAAGGGUAAUGCUGAUGGGAUUGCCUAUACAUCCAAUGAAAAGCCAUAUGAGAUAUGCGUAAUAGAAGGAAGUAAACCAUAUAACACAGAAAAUGGAAAAGAAAUGGCAGACUUUCUUCAAAAUGCGAGGGCAGGAAAAGAUAUUAUUAAUUUUGUCAAAACUCAAGAAGUGAAAUUAAAACGAGCAUUACCAGUGUAUUUUCGAGGAUUUAUGGUACACA